CCAGAGCCAGUGCCAUUAAUGUCGAGCGUCUACUGGAGGGCACACAUUCACUCAUGCCCCGGGACUGCGUCCUUGGGGGUUGACCAUGACCAGGCGUGGAAGAAAGCGGGAUGCCCUCGUUGGUCUACCCUCACUUGCUGCCAUUCCCAGGAGAGAGAUCACACAUGUUAGAUUUUGGGAAUAACAAGGCGCGUAGAAGAGGACCAAUGGUUCUCCGCAUCCGCCGUGCUGGGUCAUUUUAUCCAGUGGCUGCGUUCGGAGGAGUGGUGUGUGCCACGGCAGCUGGGAUGGCGGCGGGAGGAAUUUGGGAUGUGGGGGUCAGUUUGGGGCUGAGAAGAAGGAAAAUCUGGAGCUGGCGAUCCUGGGGUAAAGCAAAAAGCCAGGCGAGCCAUACCGGCAGCUUUUGGCACGUUUCGUCGACGACCAGCUGCUACUGCAAAAGCAACGAGUGCAUGAUGUUGAGGGCGCAAUGUUGUCGUCCAUGGGCGUUCCCGAGAGCCAGCCUGGCCACAUCGAGCAGCAUUCCUUUCGGGCCGGGUGUGGAUGUGUAGGUGGGCCGUUCCGACGCUCUGAAGCCGCAACAGUCGGUGAGUCUGAGAG